AUGGCUUCAUCUCCUUUGAGAUCAAAAUCCUUCUACCAUGCUCGUUCUGUUAGCUUGCCUUCUACACUUCUCCCUGUCAAUGAGCAUUUGAGACUAAGCGGUCUUGAAAACAUGUAUGAUCGUUUGGACGAUUUGCUUCUAUUGCCACACACUCAACAAUCUUUUGCUCAACAACACCAUGAGAAAUGGGUUGAAGUUGUGAUUGAAAAGUAUCUAAGGCUAUUGGACGCAUGUGCUACAGCUAAAGAUGUAUUCUCACAAACAAAGCAAGAUUUGCAAGGCCUUCUUUCAAUCUUACGCAGAAGAAGGGAGGCGGAUGACUUUUCCGGUUACUUAAUUUCUAGAAAGAAGGCAAAGAAGGUGAUCCAAAGGUCCCUAAAGGAUUUGAAGAAUAUCAAAACCAAUCAUGCCGUUGUAGCUCCUGGAAAAAGCCAAGAACUUUUGGAUUUGCUAAAUGAGGUUGAAGCAGCCACUAUUGGGGUGUUCGAGUCAUUGUUGUCCUAUGUUUCAGGGACAAAGGCAGAGUCAAGAUUUUCUUUGGUUUCCAAACUCAUGCAGAGAAAGAGCGUUGCAUCCAAUGAUGAAGAAACAAAGAGUAACUUGUUUGAGAAAUUUGAUGCUGCAUUGCACUCGCUCAACAAUCUUAAGAUGAGCAAAUUUGAUAACACAAUGCAUGUUGAGAAUGUGCAACACCAGUUUAGUAAAAUGGAGUCAAGCAUUCAAGAUAUCGAAGAAGGACUUGACUAUCCAAAUCGAAACCAUGUUACAGCCAGCUGGUUGUUGGAGAGGAUGAGAUUCCUUGUCUCCUUUCAGCCUGGUAUAUAUGUGGAGCCUGAUGAAGAGGAAAGGAAACACAACCCACCACAAGAAACUUGA